AUGUGCGGCACCGACAACGAUUCAGCCGCGGCUCCCGCCCCGCACCCGGCCUCGAAGGCCAACUUACCGUCGUCCUCGCCUUACAGCCAGGUCCAGGACUACCUGAGCAACACACAGCGAUACCAGAUUAUUGAGUCAACUCUGCGCGAGGGAGAGCAAUUCGCCAAUGCCUUCUUCACUCGUGAGCACAAGGUCAAGAUCGCAACCAUGCUCUCUGAGUUUGGAUGCCAGUAUAUUGAGCUUACGAGCCCUGUGAGCUCCCAAGCCUCAUACGACGACUGCAAGUACAUUUGCUCGCUUGGACUCAAGGCCAAGAUCUUGACACACGUUCGAUGCAACAUGGAAGAUGCCAAGCGCGCAGUGGAAUGCGGAGUUGACGGUGUAGAUCUCGUUAUCGGCACUUCAUCCUUCCUCCGCGAGUACAGCCAUGGAAAAUCCAUGGCCAUGAUCAAGCAAACGCAUGUGCCCUUUCCUGACACCAGCGGAUGGCAUUGUUACACACCAGUUCCUAACAACCGCAAUAGCAAGGGAGUUGAGGUGCGAUUCAGUUCCGAGGACAGUUUCCGAUCCGACCUCGUCGAUAUCCUUGCCCUUUACCAGGCCGUGGAUAAGGCAGGCGUGAACCGCGUUGGUAUCGCCGACACUGUCGGAGGAGCUACUCCCCGAAUGGUCUAUGACCUCGUCCGCACGCUCCGAGGUGUCGUGGGCUGCGACAUUGAAUGCCACUUCCAUGACGAUACUGGCUGCUCAGUCGCGAACGCUGUCACUGCCCUCGAAGGAGGAGCCACACACGUGGACACGUCUGUGCUAGGUAUCGGAGAGCGAAACGGCAUUACCCCUCUUGGCGCUUUGAUGGCUCGCAUGGUCGUAAGUGCGCCAGAGUAUACCAAGGCAACAUUUGAUCUUCCUCGCUUGAAAGAUAUCGAGGAGUACGUUGCGAGUGUUGUCGAGAUCAACAUUCCAUUCAACAACCCCGUUACAGGCUUCUGUGCCUUCACGCACAAGGCUGGUAUCCACGCCAAGGCUAUUCUGGCGAAUCCCUCUACUUACGAGAUCAUCGACCCUGCGCUAUUCGGAUUGACUCGCUACGUUAACAUUACCUCAAGAAUUACCGGAUGGAACGCGGUCAAGGGCAGAAUUACCCAACUCGGCCUGGACGGACCCGGUGGCUUCGAGACCGACGCCCAAAUCAAGGAAGUCACUGCCAAGAUCAAGCAACUGGCCGACAUCCGACCACUUGCUAUCGACGAUGCGGAUUCUAUUAUCCACGCAUACCAUCUUCAGCUCACGGGCAACGGUAAGCAGCAGGAGACCGCUGCUUGA